GAGAAAGCAACAGGAAAAAGGUUUGUGAAUGCGCGCGAGUUUAGUUCCAAUGUAACAUUCACGACGAGAAAUUAUUACGAAACCGGUUCUUUUUUCUAAAUUUAAAAGACAAAUAUUUCUAAAAGCGAAAGAGUAAAGAAUUAUAAUAGAGAAAUAUUUUUGAGAUUUAUAAUACGACGAAAAAAAAGAGAGGGAGUGCAGUUUCGCAUCUUAAUUGAUAAAGAAUUUCACAUGACGUUGCCUAAUUAUUAAGAACAAGUGGUUCUCACUGUCCUCUCGUCGAGUAUUCUUCAAAUAUCACAUAUAACGAAUAAUAUUAUUAUUGAAUCUGCGCAUGAUACAGUUAAACCUUAUCAUUACCGUCCAAAGUCUUAAUCAAAAUCGCAUUUGAUAAGAACCGGCAUAUUUUUUUAUUUUAUUAUUAAUCGUGCUCUAUAUACUUUAUAAGUGAAAUUCACAGUUUGAUUUUUUUUGGAGAAAAUUUUUUUUGACAAAAAGGGACCAAAAAUGCCGACUUCUAUUUUAAUACAACAUAUAAAUACUGGAAUUUUGACCGCCUGUUUAGUUGGAUCGGCACUUUCUUAUUACGCCUAUCAUGUUGAAACUGCAAAAGAAUUGGAUAAAUCGUACAAGCCCUUUUGUGACAUCAGCGAACACGUCAGCUGUACGAAAGCAUUUAUGUCUGUAUAUGGAAAAGGAUUUGGAUUGGUUUCUGAAGACUCUGUAUUACAUGUUCCAAACAGUAUUUUUGGAGUUUUGUUUUAUACACUAAUCGCUAUAUUAAGUUUUUUCAAUCGACAACCAUAUACGGGAAUAUCAGUGAUUUUGGGACUAUUUGCAAAUCUCAGCUCAGUCUAUCUCUCUUUAAUUUUAUACUGGUUAAAUGAUAUUUGUAUAGUUUGCAUUUGCACUUAUAUUGUAAAUCUUGCAAUUGUACUAUUGACAUUUAAAAAGAUACAAAUCUGUUCGGCGGAAAUUGCGAAACGAGAAAAAACGAAAAGAAACGCUGCAACGACAGAAAAAUCGAAAAAACAUACAGAUUAAAUUUGUAUAUUUUUAUUAUUUAUAAUAAUCAACUCAAAUUAAACAAUAAACAUUUCGUAUUUUU